AUGGCUGACGUCAACAAGUUGAAGCUAUCAAGACGAAACAUCAAGGGUCAGUUGACGCAAACAUUAUCGACAAUUGACAGCCUUACAACAGAUGCCGUUGGUGAUCUAGACAUGUUAAAGAAAUACAUCACUAAAGCUGAGCAACAAUUUGAGAAAGUGGAAGAGAAACAUUCGGCGCUGAUGGAUAUCAUCGAAGAUCAGAGAGAGUAUGAGGUGGAGGAGAAAUGGAUGGGAGAAUGUGAAAAUGAGUACGUCCAGGUGUUAAUACGGGGAAGGAGGGUCGUCGACCGUCAGUCUCAAUCUCCCCUGGACAAUCAACAGUUUCUCCCCUCUUCACCUACAAUUCCACAUCCAAGAUCCAGUCCAGCUUCAUAUGCGCCAUCUCCUAUGCCCCACACCGCUACGUCGGCUGCUCCAAGAAUGGCAAGAAUGAGAUUCCCAACUUUCAAUGGGAACCUUCGAGACUACAAGCGUUUCAAAGAAUUGUUCACCCACUGUGCAACAGAGUUAACAGAGAUGGAAUGCUUCCAUCAACUGACCGAAUCAAUGAUUAAUGUCAAAGAACGCGACAAAAUCAAAGGGUGCAUUAGUGUUGAACGAGCCUGGCAGGUACUUGAUGAGUGUUACGGCGAUCAGGACAAAGUAGUAGACAGCCUACUAAAAGAUCUAGAGAACCUGAGGACAUACGAGAUCAAAGGCAAAACAAACCUCCCCGCCAUGGGUCAUUUUGUCCAGACUCUUCAAAACUUCGAAACCCAAGCUGAGACCAUUGGCCUAUCUGGAGAGCUUAACAGUAAGAUCAUGUUGAGUCAGAUUAAGCAGAAGCUCCCAGAGGAACACCGCAUCGCAUAUUAUAAAGGUGUUAGAGAUGACAGGAUUGAUGAUUCCCUCACCGGUCUGGUCAAGUGGUUAUACAGCCAACUUUUGCUGCUCGAGAAGGCGAAGCCUAACAGUGGGGACAAUUCGCCUGGCCCUCCACAAAGACAACAUAAGGUGUAUAAGUCUACAAGCGCUGCUUCAUAUACUUCUGAUAACCAGAGCCAACCAAGCAAGGCCAGACACUCCGGGGUCGCCAAGUGUGCCAUCCACCCCAAUGCAGACUCGCACUACUUGAAGACCUGCAACAAGUUCAAGAGCCUGCCACAGAAUGAGAAAUAUAAAGUAAUGAGAAAGAAUGGUAUCUGUUACCGAUGUGGGCAUAACAACUGUGUUGCUGGCAAGCCUCCACAUGACCAAAACUCUUGUCAGUUUGUUGCUCCAUGCAGAGUCCAAACGUGUGGCAGUGACUCACACUUCGCAGCUGUCUGCCCUGUCAUAUACGGAGAGAGUGGUCAAGGUCCUGCAAACCAAACACGCAACACUAUGGAAUCUCCACGUUCAACCUCAAUCAACGUGACAACAGCCCACACCAACGAGACAGGGAAGCUUCAAAGCACUUUACCUACUGUUGUUGGUUAUCUACGAUGUGGCGAUGUCCGGCACCUGGUGCGCAUCCUGUUGGAUGGUGGCAGCCAAGCUACACUGUUAAGGGAAGGGAUUCUUCCAAGGACAGAGAGAGGCCUUUUCCAGGACCAUGAUCUGAGUCUUGUUGGUGGCAGCAAGAUAACAAGGAAAUUGAGACUGUUCGACUGCUACAUUGAAGAUAUUGCAGGGAAUUGGUCAUGUCCUUUAACCAUGACAGAGAUAAAUCAACCCUGCGGUGAUACUCCUAUUGUACUACCAGAACAGCUUCGGCAGUAUGAGCAUCUGAGCGCCAUUGAUAUCCAUGCUGCCCCAUCCGAAACCAUCGACGGACUCCUUGGUGUGGACAACACACACUUGAUGAUCUGGGAAGAAUACAUCCUUGGCGAAAAGUUUGAUGAUCCUGUCGCUGUAAGAUGCCCCUUUGGCUGGUUUGUUCAAGGAGGACGGUCUACAAGUUCAACUUCACUGCUGAACUACAUCAAUGUGUCAGCCAUUGGACCAUUGGAAGAGUUCAUAGGUCUGGAGACUGUGGGUCUGGAGCCCAAGAAGUGUAAGUGCUCCUCAGAUGUAUUGGACAAAGAAGCAACUGAGGCAAUGCAACGGAGCGUAACUCAGCUUUCUGAUGGAUCGUACGAAGUCAGACUGCCAUGGAGGAAGUCACCCGAUGACCUGCCGGACAACUACAACUAUGCUGUCAAAAGGUUGAGAAGCCUUGAGAAUCAGUUCAAAAACAGGCAUGAAGAUUGGGACAUCUACUGUAGACAGAUGAGAGACCAGUUAAAGAGGGGUGUUUCGCGCCAUGUCUCAGAAGAGGAGCUACAGCGAGACAGAAGCACUGGAAAAAAGAUGUGGUUCCUGCCACAUUUCGCUGUCACCAAGGACUCGAAGACAACUCCUGUCAGAGUGGUAUAUGACGCGAAGGCCAGGUUCCAGGGCCACUCAUUGAAUGACUACCUCAUGAAAGGUGAGAAUAUCAACUCUGAUCUCUUUGAAGUUGCCCUGAGGUUCAGAGAGAACGAGGUGGGCAUCAUUGCAGACGUCAGCAAGAUGUUUCAAGCCAUAAAAAUCAAAUCUGAUGAUGCUCGAUUCCACAGGUUUGUGUUUCGAGAGAAUUCUAGCCACCCAAUUCAAGUCUACGAACUGACAACUGUCACCUUUGGGGACAAGCCCUCACCAACUGCCACUAUAGUCACCCUUAGACAUGUGGUAGAUGAACAUGCACCGGAAGACGACAAACUCAAGGAAGUGGUUGCCAGGCAGUUCUACGUUGAUGACCUCAAUGAAUCUGGCACUAAUGUCCCAGAGGCUCUAGAGCUCAAAUCUAAGCUUAGCAAGACUCUUCAGAAAGGCAACUUCACCAUCAGAAAAUGGCAAUCGAAUGCGACAGAAGCCUGCGACGAAACAGAAGACAGCACAGAUGCCACUGCCCUGGGCACUAAAUGGAACCUCUCAAAAGACACGUUGAGGGUAAAGGAGGUGAAGUCGACUCUACUUGUUCCUACCAAGUGCAAUAUCCUGGCCCAAACUGCUUCGUAUUACGAUGUGUUUGGCAUGUUAUCUGGGCUCCUCGUUAGACCGAAGAUUCUCCUGCAAAAGCUAUGGCAGCUAAACCUAGACUGGGUUACCCCUCUCAACGACAAGGGUGAGCUUUGUGCCAUUCUACGAGACAUCAAUAGAGACUUUGAGGAGGUAGCUAGCAUUGAGAUUCCAAGGUGCUUGAUCCCAGAGCCUUUCAAGGGGAUAAGGCCUUUACCAGAAGUGUCCCUGCACGGAGCAAGCGAUGCUUCAGAAGAUGCCAUGGGUAUUGGUGUUUGGCUACGAUGGUCUCACCCUGAGGACACUGAAGCACAUCUAUCAUUUGUAUGUGCAAAAGCCAAACUCACUCCACUGAAGCAGUCUAGCAUUCCUCGAAAGGAACUUUAG